UGGCUGAGCCGGUGACGUCAGUGUGCAGUGCGGAGUCAGGCGCGGCGGCUCCCUAUAAGCCGAGGAGCUGUCCGGGUGCUGAAACGGCCCGAGGAGCUCAGCCUGCGGACCAGGAGGAACAUGCUGUGGACCUUCCCUGCCCUGUAAGACAGAGGAAAUCUUUAAAACAUGGCAGAAGCUAAGACCCACCAGCUUGGAGCAGCCCUGUCUCUUAUCCAUUUAAUUUUCUUCAUCUCUGGAGUUGAGGCAGCUUCAUUUCAGAGAAACCAGCUUCUUCAGAAAGAACCAGACCCAAGAUUGGAAAAUGCCCAAAAGUUUCCCAGUCCCGAGAUGAUCAGGGCUUUGGAGUACAUAGAAAAGCUCCGGCAGCAAGCUCACAAAGAAGAAAGCAGCCCAGACUAUAAUCCCUACCAAGGUGUCUCUGUUCCCCUUCAGCCAAAAGAAAAUGGUGAGGAAAGCCACCUGCUGGAGAGCUCAAGGGAUUCGCUGAGCGAAGAUGAGUGGAUGAAGAUAAUCCUUGAAGCUCUGAGGCAGGCAGAAAGUGAGCCUCAAUCUGUACUGAAAGAAAACAAGCCCUAUGCCGUGAAUUCGGAAAAGAACUUCCCAGGGGAUGUGACGGAUGAUUACGAAACUCAACAGUGGCCAGAGAGGAAGCUCAAGCACAUGCGAUUCCCUCUGAUGUAUGAAGAGAAUUCCAGGGACAACCCCUUCAAACGCACAAAUGAAAUAGUAGAGGAACAGUACACACCUCAAAGUCUUGCUACCCUGGAGUCUGUCUUCCAAGAGCUGGGGAAACUGACAGGACCAAACAACCAGAAAAGGGAGAGGGCUGAUGAGGAGCAAAAGCUGUACACAGACGACGAAGAUGACAUCUAUAAGGCCAGUAACAUCGCCUAUGAAGAUGUGGUCGGGGGAGAAGAUUGGAACCCAGUGGAGGAGAAAAUAGAGACUCACACCCAGGAAGAGGUGAGGGACAGCAAAGAGAACAUGGGAAAAAAUGAACAAGUCAAUGAAGAAAUGAAGCGUUCGGGGCAGCAGGGGCUCCAGGAUGAAGAUCUCCAGAAAGAGAAUAAAGUCCAGCUCUCAGACGACGUUGCCAAAGUAAUCGCCUAUUUGAAAAGGUUAGUGAGUGCCGCAGGGGGUGGGAGGUCUCAGAAUGGGCAAAAUGGGGAAAGAGCAGCCAAGCUCUUUGAGAAACCACUCGAUUCUCAGUCUAUUUAUCAGUUGAUUGAAAUCUCCAGGAAUUUACAGAUACCCCCUGAAGACCUGAUCGACAUGCUCAAAACUGGGGAGAAGCCAAGUGGGUCAGUGGAGCCUGAGCAGGACCUCGACCUUCCUGCUGACCUAGACGAUGUUUCAGAGGCUGACUUAGACCAUCCGGACCUGUUCCCAAAUAAGAUGCUCUCCAAGAGUGGGUACCCCAAGACACCUGGUCAUGCCGUGACAGAGGCCUUACCAGAUGGACUCAGUGUUGAGGACAUUUUAAAUCUUUUAGGGAUGGAGAGUGCAACCAAUCAAAAGCCUCCAUAUUUUCCCAAUCAGUAUAACAGAGAGAAGGUUCUGCUGAGGCUCCCCUACGGUCCUGGAAGAUCUAGAGCAAACCAGCUUCCCAAAGCUGCCUGGAUGCCUGAUGUUGAAAACAGACAAGUGGCCUUCGAAAACCCGAAUGACAAGGACCAAGAGUUAGGAGAGUACUUGGCCCGGAUGCUGGUGAAGUACCCUGAGAUCAUGAAUUCAAACCAGGUGAAGCGAGUGCCCAGUCCAGGCUCAUCUGAAGAUGACCUACAGGAAGAAGACCAACUGGAGCAGGUAAUCAAGGAGCAUUUGAGCCAAGGCAACUCUCAGGAGACUGAGAAACCGUCCCCGGUGAGCAAGAGAUUCCCGGUGGGGUCCCCGAAGAAUGACGACACCCCGAACAGACAGUACUUGGAUGAAGACCUGCUAAUGAAAGUUCUGGAGUACCUCAACCAAGAAAAGGCAGAAAAGGGGAGGGAGCACGUUGCAAAGCGAGCCAUGGAAAAUAUGUAGGCGGCUUUCCUCAACUGCCCAAUUUUCACUCCUCUCACCCCAAGUGAACCCCAGCAUUUCUCUUUAGUGUGUUGACUUCUAUCCUGUUAACACUGUACUAUCUUUAAAUGAUGUACAGGCAGAUGAUUCCAGGUCACUGGGGAGUCUGCUUCACUCGCUCUGAGUUGUUCUCUUGUGUAUGGAUCUGUGUAAAUGUUAUGACUCUGGAUUAAAAAAAUUAUUAUGUCCUUUAUUCAAGAAAGAUAUCUAUGAUAGUGUUUAACAGUGUAUCUAAUGGCUGUGGCAUUGUUGAUGCUCACAUAUGAUAAAGAGUGUCCUAUAAUUCUCUUGAAAAUUUUUAAGAUUUACUGAAUUAUUUUGUUACUGUCUGUAGUGUUUUGUGGAGUACUGGAGCAAAACCAAUAAAGCAUUAUAAAUAUA